AUGUCGGCCAGCAUCGCCGCCAGCGUGCGCCACCCGAUCUCCAACGCCGCGAACGUGUCCGGGCCCGCCUCGUCCUCAAAGGUGCGCACGGCCUUGGCCAUCUUGCGCACGGCCAUCUCCAAGUGGACGUUGUUCUUCUCGCGCACCUUGAGAAACAUCUUGUUAAUCUCUUUGGUCUCCUUAUCGAAGCCCACGUAG